AUGAGCAGCGGAUCCACCACUGACACAUCAAUUUAUAAUUCAACAUCCGAAACCGUGAAGGUUUGUCUGAUCGAUACGGAUAAUAAUCAAUCUGACAGAAUCUUAUCUGCUGGUGAACUUUGGUGUAGAAAAACAGUCGACGGAUGGAACACCAUUAUUAUUAUACCACUUAACCCAAAACAGAAUACAUUUUCUUACACACUGCCCAAUGAAUGGGGUGUUAUCAUCAAAAGAAAAUUAGAACAAUUAGUAUUAAUUCCAGCUGUGUCAAACUCUCGAAAAACUGAAGCAGAUGUUACAAUGAGAAGCCAUAAUUGUUACAUGCCUCCUCCUUGUCGAAUGGGAAAUUUGAAUACUGAAGGUAUGCACGAUUGUUGCCACAUGAUCGGAUGUCUUGUAUACAAUGAAUCUCAUGAACCUAUUCGGGUUUGUGUUACAGAUAAAAACAAUCGUAAUAGUCAUAUGCUUUUAAAUCAUGGAGAACAUAAUGAGAUAAAUACACCGCAAGAAGCUUCAUUUAUACAAAAACUGUUUACGAGUCCCUCAAAUCAUGCUCCGAUGGUUUUGGUAUCUGUAUUAGAUUUCCAAUCAGAUAAUCAAUCAGCGAAUACAACUGCACGAGCAAAGUAUACUAUUAAAUCUUACUUUCACGAAAGAGGUAACGGCACUUAUACUUUCUUACGUGUGAUUAAGAAGAACGGUUAUUUUACUAUUGAAGAAGAUUCAAUUAGAUACUCCAUUCCCCGACGUGAAUCCAAAUUAUCUUAUCUAUUUAGUAAAGAUUGCUGUGAAAAAUUUCGUACGUAUAAAAAUCUUUGUGAUAUUGUUGAUCGUCCGGAUGGAACAUUCGAUGUUGAACCUCGACAAACGCCCCCAUGCUCUAUAUUAUGA